AUGCCCAAAAUAACAUCAUACCCGCGCACUCUUCGCCGAGUGCUAGUGCGACACCGAAUCAUCCGCUAUUUUCUCGUCGCGUUUAUCGCAUGGAACUUGAUCGAACUCCACCUAAUCCUACGCCGUAUCUCCGAGAUAGACAUCAUUUACCGAGAACGACCCCGCCGACAAGAACGGAUCUAUAUUGCUGGGGUGAAUUGGAAUAAUGAGAUCAUUCUCCGAAGCCACUGGAGCCAAGCUGUCCGGGAUCUCGCCUGGAAACUCGGUCCGGAGAACGUAUAUAUCAGCAUCUAUGAAAGCGGUAGCUAUGAUAAUACCAAGGGCGCGUUGAUAGAUCUUGAUGCGGACUUGGAGCGCCUCGGUGUACCUCGGACUAUCGUACUAUCGCAUGUCACUCACGAAGACGAGAUGAAUGCGCCACCGGGUGAUGAGGGCUGGAUAGUCACGCCACAAGGGAAGACAGAAGUCAGACGAAUCCCGUUUCUAUCACGAGCUCGAAAUUUGAGUCUAGAACCACUAUAUGAGCUUGCCAAGCAGGGUAUCAUAUUUGACAAGAUUCUAUUUCUCAAUGAUGUGGUUUUUACGCCAAACGAUAUCUUCGAAUUAUUGGAUACCAACGACGGUGACUAUGCCGCAGCAUGUUCAAUGGACUUCUCCAAACCACCUCACUACUACGACACCUUCGCUCUCCGCGAUGCCAGCGGGCACGAGGCCGUAAUGUCUACAUGGCCCUUCUUCCGCGACUCCGUCUCCCGCCAUGCUAUGAAGAGCAUGUCCCCAGUUCCAGUAAAAAGCUGUUGGAACGGAAUGGUCGCCAUGCCAGCCGCUCCGUUCAUGAGCGAAACCCCUUUACGCUUCCGAGGAAUUCCAGACUCUCUCGCGGCGUCUCAUCUCGAAGGUUCUGAAUGCUGUCUCAUCCACGCGGACAACCCACUGACACCCCAACACGGCGUCUACGUUAAUCCUUUGGUGCGAGUGGGGUACAGUGGGCCGGCUUAUGUGGCCGUAAAUCCGAUUAUUAACUGGCUCUCGCCGAGGACAAUCUUGCAGGGAUUGUGGACAAAUCGACUUCGCCGUUGGAGUAGUUCGCCUUGGUUGAAGGAGAAGAUCGUUUCUAAUCGUGUUGCUCAGUGGGCCGGCUUGUCUGACGAGAACCGUGAACCUGGGCAAUUCUGCAUUAUUAAUGAGAUGCAAAUCCUUCACCCUUGGGGAUGGGGUCAUGUAUAA